AUGCAGAAACCCCUGCCCCGGGAAUGGCUGCUUAGUGGGCAAAGUCGCCUACGGAAAUUCGACGCAGCACUGAUCAAGAAGGGCGUGGAACUUCUGCGUCCCGACAAUUUCAGAAUGACCAUAAAGGAGAAGUGGUACGGCACGGAAUAUAAGUCUGAGAAGAUACCGGAGGAUUUCCUGGCUGAGAUAUCGAAGGCGAUGGAUUGCUCCGCGGGAGAUCGGCUCCCUGGCUUACACCUUCCGCACAAGAACCAGUUCAUCCCGACCAAGCUCGAGGUCGAGAGGAAGGAGGUCGAGAAGCCGGCCUUGGCGCCCAGAGUAAUCCGGAACAACCAAGUCGCCCGGACGUGGUACAAGAAAGACGACACCUUCUGGGUUCCGAAGGCCAAUCUCAUUAUGAGCUGUAAGAAUCCUAUUAUCUUCGCUUCGGCCGAGAAUUCGGUCAAAGCGAAGCUCUUCACGAAUUUGGUACGCGAUGCCUUGGAGGAGUAUUCAUAUGACGCUGAGCUUGCUGGCUUGCAGUACAAUGUCAAGGACGAUCGAUUUGACAUCGCCAAAGAGCGCCUGCUCCGGGGCUACAAAAAUAGCGAGUUGCAACAACCCUUUGAUCAAAUCGGAGGUUACGUGUCCUGGUUAACGUCCGAACAUGUCUACAUCUUUGAGCAGCUCGUUGUCGAACUGCCCGCCAUCACAGCCGAGGCCGUGAGCCACUUCCACAAGCAAAUGAUAUCGCAGCUGCAUAUCGAGGCCUACGUACAUGGCAAUCUCUACAAGGAGGAUACGCUCAAGUUAAGCGACAUGAUUGAGUCCAUCCUGAAGCCGCGAGUUCUGCCAAAGGAGGAAUGGCCAGUCAUUCGAUCGCUCGACUUCCCACCGGGAUCAAACUACCUCUACAGGAAGACACUGAGAGAUCCGGCUAACGUCAAUCACUGUAUUGAAUACUAUCUUCAUAUUGGCGACAAGGGAGAUCGCAUGGUUCGCGCAAAGACACAGUUGCUGGGCCAGAUCCUCCACGAGCCAGCCUCUGAUCAGCUGCGAACCAAGGAACAACUCGGAUACGUUGUAUUCAGUGGCCUUACAGGGUCCGUGACUACGUACGGUUUCCAUUUCAUCAUCCAGAGCGAGAAAGCCUCGGAAUAUCUAGAGUCUCGUAUCGAUUCUUUCCUUGCUGCGUAUGCCACGUCUUUGGAGGACAUGAGCAAUGCCGACUUCGAGAGCCACAAGAGAAGCGUAAUAGUUAAGCGUCUCGAAAAGCUGAAGAAUCUGGAUCAGGAGACUGGGAGGCAUUGGUCGCAGGUAUCUAACGAGUACUACGACUUUGAAGCAGCCCAACAGGACGCCGCCCAGCUCAAGCAACUCACCAAAGCAAAAAUGGUCGAAUUCUACUCGACCCGCAUCGAUCCUAGGUCACCGACACGAUCCAAGCUAAUUGUGCAGCUGAUUGCACAAGGGGCCAGCUCCGAGACCAAGGAGGCAGACACCACGAUUGAUGACAAGAAGGUUCCGACACCAUUGAAUGGGACUGAGCCAGUCGUGAUCGAGAGCGUGCGGGAUUUCAAAGCUGGACUGGGCACAACAGCCGGGCCCCGCCCGGUCAGAGACAUUGGCGGAUUCGAGGAUAUAGACUCGAAACUAUGA